CGCCGGUGCCCGUGGCUGCUUGGCGCUGGCGAUCGCUGCCGCCGCCCGGCCCCGCGCCCGCCGCCGCCGCCGCCGCCGCUGCUCCCGGUGCGGAUGCGGGUCCCGCUGCGGCGGCCGGAGGUCGCGCUGACACCCCCGUUUGUUCACCCGCGGUGAGGUGCGGUGCGGCGGGGACAGCCCUGGAGCCAGCGAGGACGUGAGGAGGAAGAGGAGGAGGAGGAGGUGCCUUGGGGACCGGCGCGGGGGUCCCGGUGGCGGAGCCCUGCCAGCGCCGCACGGAGGAGCAAGGCCCGAGGAGGACCGCGGUGAUGGAAGCCCCCAGCGCGGGGUGUGCGGGGACCGGGCUGCGCGGGGACCGCGGGGAGCGGGCAGGCAGCGCCCGCCUCUGCUGAGCACCGGGGGAACAACCCCGAGGCGCUGCCCCCGUGUCGCUGUGGCCCGGUGCGGAGCGGGGCCGAGGCGCUGUGCCCCGGCAUGGCCCGGCAGGGAGCGGGGGCCAUGCUGCCCGCCGGGGGCCUCGGCUUCCCCCCGCAGAACCUGGCCCGGGUGGUGGUGUGGGAGUGGCUGAACGAGCACGGGCGCUGGAGGCCCUACUCGGCCGCCGUGUGCCACCACAUCGAGAACGUGCUGAAGGAGGACGCCCGUGGCAGCGUGGUGCUGGGGCAGGUCGAUGUCCAGCUGGCGCCCUACAUCAUAGACCUCCAGUCCAUGCACCAGUUCCGGCAGGACACGGGGACCAUGCGCCCCGUCCGGAGGAACUUCUAUGACCCAUCCUCAGCGCCGGGGAAAGGCAUCGUGUGGGAAUGGGAGAACGACAACAGCUCCUGGACCCCCUACGACAUGGACAUCUGCAUCACCAUCCAGAACGCCUACGAGAAGCAGCACCCCUGGCUGGACCUCUCCUCCCUGGGCUUCUGCUACCUCAUCUACUUCAGCAGCAUGUCCCAGAUGAACCGGCAGACGCAGCGCAAGCGCCGGCUGCGGCGCCGCAUGGACCUGGCCUAUCCCCUCACCAUGGGCUCCAUCCCCAAGUCCCAGUCGUGGCCCGUGGGCACCAGCACGGGGACUCCCUGCUCCUGCGCUCAGUGCUUGCUGGUCAACAGCACCCGCGCUGCCUCCAACGCCAUCCUGGCCUCCCAGCGCCGCAAGCUGUACCCGGGCGCGGUGCGGCAGAGCAGCACCUUCGCUGGCCCAGCCCUAUGGCCCGUGGGGACGGGCGGCGCGGCCAAGGGCGAGGGGCUGCGGGUACCCGGGGCUGGCUUCGCCCCCAGCCCCAGCGCGCCCGGCUCAGCGCCGCUGCCGGGGCUCAAUAACCUCAACCGGCCCGGGGCGCAGCGCGGGGCUGCGAUCGGAGCCCGAGCCACCGUGCCCGCAGGGGUCCCAGCUCUCCCAGUCAAGAACCUGAACAGCACCGGUCCCAUCCACCCGGCCCUCGCAGGGAUGACGGGAAUCCUCAUGUGUGCCGCGGGGCUCCCCGUCUGCCUGACCCGCGCCCCCAAACCCAUCCUGCACCCACCGCCCGUCAGCAAGAGCGACAUCAAACCCGUGCCCGGCAUCAAUGGCAUCUGCAGGAAGACCAAGAAGAAGCACCUCAAAAAGAGCAAGACCCCUGAGGACGUGGUCCGUCGGUACAUCCAGAAGGUGAAGAACCCCCCGGAUGAGGAUUGCACCAUCUGCAUGGAGCGCCUGGUCACCUCCUCCGGCUACGAGGGUGUGCUCAGCCACAGGGGCAUCAAGCCGGAGCUGGUGGGCAGGCUGGGCCGGUGCGGGCACAUGUACCACCUCCUCUGCCUGCUGGCCAUGUACAACAACGGCAACAAGGACGGCAGCCUGCAGUGCCCCACGUGUAAGGCCAUUUAUGGGGAGAAGACGGGCACGCAGCCCCCCGGGAAGAUGGAAUUCCACCUCAUCCCCCAUUCCCUCCCGGGCUACACCGACUCCAAAACCAUCCGGAUCGUCUACGAUAUUCCCACCGGGAUCCAGGGCCCCGAGCAUCCCAAUCCCGGGAAGAAGUUCACGGCGCGCGGCUUCCCGCGGCACUGCUACCUGCCCGACAAUGAGAAGGGCAGGAAGGUGCUGAAGCUGCUGAUCGUGGCCUGGGACCGGCGGCUCAUCUUCACCAUCGGCACCUCCAACACCACGGGCGAGUCGGACACGGUGGUGUGGAACGAGAUCCACCACAAGACCGAGUUCGGAUCCAACCUCACGGGCCACGGCUACCCGGACCCCAACUACCUGGACAACGUCCUGGCCGAGCUGCUGGCCCAGGGCGUCUCCGAGGCCACCCUGAAGGACUGAGGCCACGGUGAGGGGCUCCCGUCGCCUCUUCACCCCCCCCCCCCCCGUGCCCCACCGCCGCCACCUGCGCUGCUUCGCUGCCGACUCCGCAGCCCAGCCGGGUGGGCUCGGGUCCCCGUGUGUCGUUCCCCCACCCCAUUCAUCCUGGGCCACCCGGUGCCACCCGUGUCCCCGUGUUGUCCCCCAUUCAUCCCGCUCAUCGUGGGCUGGUGCUUUUGUCACACGUGGGCUCCUGGCGUGCCGCCCGCCCCACGGAGCCGCGUACAGCCGGUGCCGUGUGUCCAUCUCCGUGUAACAGAAUACACCCCGCGCCGGGACAGC